GAGGCUCUGUAGAUCUUGCACGUAUAAUCUGCACAUGUCUAGCAGAAUCGUCAUAUUCAUCUAUAGGAGGCCGUCGCUUUUCCUGCUUUGCCGUGUCGUGAACAAAGUACUUGUCGUCUCGUUCGAACUUGCCCUGCCAAUUUGGUGCCUCGCGGCUCCAACGCGGCUACCUUUGGACCAUCGAUUCCAAUUUCCAGCCUCCUCUCCGCAUAUGCUUUUCCGAUUCGCCCACGCUUUCGAAACACUGUUGCGACCUUUUUCGUGUGACCCUUUGCAAUCUCUGCCUAUCCUGCUAUUUCUCUUCGCUUACCUUGCAUGCACUAAUCCUGCUUUUACGACUGUCGGUCUGUCACAUCAAUCGACAAAGCUGACUGUAUUGUUCGCCGCCCCACGAUCGCGAUUGUUUUUAAUUUGGUCACCCCUCCAAAACACCGUGCAUCCAAACAGCGACGUCACUGCUUAUGUUCUCCCGAGGCACCGACUCACUCAUAGUUGAGGCUCCUCGGUCUUUAUUUCUCUGGAGGUUACUAUUCAUGCGCCCUACCAAUAGAAGGAUACGAUGCCAGAGGUCACGCAUGGCGAAACGUUUGUUCGAUAAAGUAUGGUACAGUAUAGGACGAAUACGAUCAUGUUGGCGUUUUUGGUGAGGAAUACGUCCAUGCCGACCGGUUCCGUCCGCAUAUUUAUAGGCGGCUAGUGAAUAAUCCGCCAUCCGAUCGGAACCCAAUGUCCCGAUAGGUAACCUCGUUCAUGCGUUCCUGCCCGGCGAAAUACAGGCACAUGCGCUUUCCAAUCGUGCAUCAGGAACUUCUUGGGCGUAUUUGAACACGAUCUCAACCACAAAAUGAUAUUCACAUGAAGCAACUCGCUUUUGCA